UCUACGCUAAAGGGCAAGGUGGCUCUUGUCACAGGGGCAAGCAGCGGGAUAGGCAGUGCGACCGCGCUGGCACUGGCAGGAGCGGGGGCCCGGGUCGCUUUGGGCGCAAGAAGAACCGACCGGCUCGCCCAGCUGGAGGCCAAAAUCAGGGCCGAAGGGGGAGACGUUAUAUCUUGCGGGCUUGACGUUGCUCAAAGGCCCCAGUGUGAGGCAUUUGUCAAGGCGGCCAUGGAUCGCUGGGGCGCCAUCGACAUACUCGUAAACAACGCCGGUCUCAUGCCGCUCAGCUUUCUCAAGAGUCUCAAGGUUGACGAGUGGGAACAGAUGGUGGAUGUCAACAUCAAGGGCGUUCUCUUCUGCACGGCAGCGGUGCUUGAGCACAUGCGCAAAAGAAAGACGGGACACAUAGUGAACAUCUCGUCCGUGGCCGGGCGGGUGGUGUUUCCCGCCGGAAGCGUCUAUUGUGCGACCAAGCACGCGGUUAACGCCUUUACCGAGGGACUGAGGCAGGAGCUCAGCGCGCGCUCAAACAUCCGGGUCACCUGCAUCGAGCCGGGAGUCGUCGCAACAGAGCUCGUCAAUACAAUCACGGAUCGAUCCCUGCGGGAGUUUGUCGAGAACACAAAGAGAAUGGAGGCGCUGCGGGCAGAAGACAUUGCAGACUCGGUUCUUUACGCGGUGGGUUCGCCGCCGCAUGUCAACGUAAACGAGAUUCUCAUAAGGCCCAUAACACAGGAGCGCUGA